AUCGUCGUUGAAGCACAAACUUUUAGAGAGCGACAGUUCGUUCGCGUCCCACUGCAGAUCUUUCGAAUCGCAAAUCAGGGAGUUGAAUCAACAGUUCAACGUGAUCAAGGACAAAGUCGGCGAAUUGCACAAGGACAUCCUGGCGCUCAGAAAGGCGCAAACGCCGCCGCUGGUCAACAGAUACGAACUGCUCACCAGAGAGUGCAUGCAUUUAGAUCAAAGCUUAGAAAGACAACAACAAGACCUGGAGAGAAUGGCGACGGCGUUUGAUGCCUCCUGGGAGGAACAGCUUUGGAGGAUUAGAGUCGAACAGGAAGUGUUUAGCUGCCAAAGAGCGGACGUGAACACUUUGAGGAACGAACUGAAACAUUUGAGUCAAGUGGCCACACAGUUGGAGCCUUACAUUAGAUCGUUGACGCCCGCCUCUCAAAGUCAGAUGAGCGCACAAUCGGAACAGAGCCAAACUCAAAAUGAACAAGCUCAACAUUUGGCGUCCCUCUUGGAACAUAUUGGUAAGUGA